AGCGCCGAACGAUCCGGGCAUUUUAAAAAUAAACCGAAGCGGCGGCGCGGGCGUUCGGACAGAGCGCGAGAGGAAGGAGGGAAGGGAGGACGGACGGACGGACGGACGGACGGAAAGCGGCGCCGCCUUCCCAGUAGGGGAGAAAGAAAGAGGGACUCUUCUCCCCACCCUGGUAGAAUAAUAAGAUAUCAUUCAGGCGCGUGUGAAACGAUGUUUUGAAGUCCGGAGGCGGGCCGGAUCGGAUCGGGACCUGGUCGGGGCUGCCGUGCCCGGGAAGAUGCAUCUCCAUCAGGUGCUGACCGGAGCUGUCAACCCCGGGGACAACUGCUACUCGGUCGGGGGCGUCGCUGACAUCCCGUUCACGGCAUACGCAUCAGGAUGCGACAUAGUGAUUCUUGGAAGUGAUUUUGAAUGUGUUCAGAUCAUCCCUGGUGCUAAACAUGGCAAUAUCCAAGUGGGCUGUGUGGAGUGCUCCCUUCAGCAAGGCAGAAUUGCUGCUUCUUAUGGGAACACUGUUUGCAUCUUUGAGCCAUUACCUGUAAGCCAUUACAAAAGAAAACUUGUCCUAAGUUAUCAAUGGCAAAAGGUGGGGCAGUUCUUUCUUCAGUCUAUGGCAUACAACUUGGCUUGGGAUCCACAAGGUAACCAGUUAUUGACAGCUACAGAUUGUCUGCAGUUGUGGUCACCACCUCCUGCUGACACUUUAGAAGAAGAAGAAAGUAGUCAUGCUGAGGAAUUUAGAUUACACCCAGAUUUAAAUGAUUGGAAAUGUAUCUGGCAAUGCAAGACUGCUAUUCCAAUAUAUCUCAUGAAAUGGUCUCCUGAUGGAGAAUACUUUGCAACAGCAGGAAAAGAUGACUCCCUUCUGAAAGUAUGGUAUCUUACCACUGGCUGGAAGUCUGCUGUAAUAGGUGCAGAAACAUUUGGGGAAAAGAAUGCUUCUUCAGCUGUACACUUUUCCUUUGUGUAUCUGGCACAUCCUCGUGCAGUAACAGGAUUUUCAUGGCGGAAGACUAGUAAAUAUAUGCCAAGAAGUUCUGUGUGCAACGUACUACUGACAUCAUGUCAAGAUGGUGUUUGUCGGCUCUGGGCUGAAACCUUAUUGCCAGAAGACAGUCUUCUUGGAGGACAAAUGACAGAAUCUACCAUUAGUACCUCAACCAGCAAUCUUCCUCAGAGUGGAAGUCAGAAAGACAAAAUUCAGCAUGCUCUGGAGACAAUUCACCAUUUGAAACAUCUAAGAAAUCGUCGCAGAUCCUCCGUUCUGGCUGCCCAAAUUGAAGUUUUGCCAAGCCAACUGGAAUCACAUGAAGUUCACAGACAAAUUUCACACUAUGUUAAUGCACUCUGUCACUUUCAUAUUGCAGCGAGUAUUAAUCCUAAUACAGAUAUUCCACCAGCGCUAGCUGGCACAGCUUUUAACAUUGAAGAUGGAGGUGGAAAUUUUGUAGUUCAUUGGCUGAACAAUAAAGAACUGCAUUUUUCAUCAUCUAUGGAAGUAUUCAUGGAGCAAUUAAGAAAGCUGACAGAUCAGCAGACAGAAGAUGAAGUUGACACGGUCAGUCAGAAUGGAUUAAAAAUGAAACUCGACAACAGUGAGCAAGAACAAGAUGAAACUUCAGAGAAAGGAUCAGAAUACGAGAACGAAGAGGCUGAGCAAGUUGGAAGCACUAAAGUAUCUACACCAUCAGCUGUGGGGAUUUCAAUGCCCACCAUAUUGUUGGAUCGAAAAAUUGAAACACUGCAAACAGAAUGGAACAGGAAUGCUGAUAUGCUGUUCACAAUCCAUCCUGUAGAUGGCUCAUUUUUAGUAUGGCAUGUGAAGUAUUUAGAUGAAUAUCACCCAGGAAUUUUCAGACAAGUCCAGGUUGCAUUUUCAUCACGGAUUCCUGUUGCUUUUCCUACUGGGGAUGCUAAUUCGCUCAGUAAAGAUAUCAUGAUGUAUGCAUGUACUGCUAAAGAUGCUAAGAGCCUUCCAGAUAAUGAUCCUAAUAUCAAUGGGGUGACCCAUUUUGUGAAUAGCUCAAAAUUAAACAUCAUCACUCCAGCAGUUAUGAUGAUUUCAAAGCAUGUCGAUGGAUCACUAAACCAGUGGGCAGUGACCUUUGCUGAAGACUCUGCUUUCACCACAGUAUUAAUGGUAUCGCACAAGUUUAGAUAUUGUGGACAUCGUUUUCAUCUGAACGACUUAGCUUGUCAUUCGGUGCUACCCUUAUUGUUGACCUCUUCCCAUCACAAUGCACUGAUGACUCCAGAAACUGACUUUGUUGAAAAGGAAAAACCUGUGGCAGAACAUGUAAAGCCCUUAAAAGGGCCAGCUUCACAGCAUGUUAAAAAUGCUGCUACAAGAACAUUUCAUGACCCUAAUGCCAUCUACAGUGAAUUGAUACUUUGGCGUAUGGACCCAAUAGGACCUUUGUCAUACUCUGGAGGGGUUUCAGAGCUGGCACGUAUCAAUUCCUUGCAUACUUCAGCUUUUUCGAAUGUGGCCUGGCUUCCAACAUUGAUCCCAAGCUAUUGUCUUGGGACCUACUGCAACUCUGCUAGUGCUUGUUUUGUCGCUUCUGAUGGUCAAAAUCUUAGGCUCUAUCAAGCUGUGGUUGAUGCCAGGAAACUUCUGGAUGAACUUUCUGAUCCUGAAAUCUCGAAACUCGUUGGAGAAGUAUUCAAUAUAGUCAGCCAGCAGUCAACAGCUCGACCAGGUUGCAUUAUUGAACUGGAUGUAAUAACAGCUCAGUGUGGCACAAACACACAGCUACUUCAUGUAUUUCAAGAAGAUUUUAUCUUGGGAUAUAAACCACAGAAAGAAGAAUUGAAUAAGGAACAAGAAUUUUCUUUCAGUCAACCUGCCCAAGGAUAUCGUGCACCGUCAUUCUCUGAAAAGUUUUACCUUGUGGUGAUAGAAAGGGACAAGAGAAGAUCUGUUCUUCACAUGUGGCACCUCCAUUUGAAAUCUGUGCAGCCUCGUGUAGUAAGCAUGGCGGAUAAUAAAAUAUCUAUGCCUGAGGAAAAGAGCUUUAGCCUAUCUCCAAAUGCUUCUGUUUUAAGUUCUCUUCCACGGUCAGCAUCAGUUGCUAACCUUCAGACUGCUAGCAAGUUGAUACUUAGCUCUGAAUUAGUUUACAGUCAACAGUUAAAUGUUCCUGAGGGAGUGGAAGUAAUCCGAGCAACUCCUUCUGCAGGUCACUUAAGUUCAUCUUCAAUCUAUCCAGUCUGCCUUGCACCUUAUCUAAUAGUGACAUCAUGCUCUGAUGGUAAAGUGAGAUUCUGGCGGUGUACUGUGGAUAAAAGUUCAAAUUCAGAAAACUUAGAGAAAGUACAUGCUUAUAGGUGGGAAACCUGGCCUUUGAUGAAUGAGGAAGGAGAACACAGUGACAGUGCAGUUAGUAUUGCAGGACGACCAGUGGCCGUAAGCUGUUCGUACACUGGACGAUUGGCCGUCGCUUAUAAAGAGCCUUUACAAGCUAAUGGUGUUACGCCAAAAGAGUUCAUGAUGCAUGUCUCCAUAUUUGAGUGUGAAUCUACUGGAGGAUCAGAGUGGGUGUUAGAGCAGACAAUACAUUUAGAUGGCAUAGGAAAGGUUGGAAGUGUCCUGGACUCUCGAGUUAGUGUAGAUAGCAAUUUGUUUGUGUAUAAUAAAUCUGAUAUUUAUCUCAAAGGCACCCACAUAACAUCAAACAUAAAACAUUUAGUGCACUUGGAUUGGGUAUCAAAAGAAGACGGUUCUCAUGUUCUUACAGUGGGAGUUGGUUCUAAAAUUCUCAUGUAUGGAAGGCUGUCAGGGAUUGUGACUGAACAAGCCAGUAGCAAAGAUGGACUGGCUGUUAUUACUUUGCCACUAGGGGGAAGCAUUAAGCAAGGAACUAAGUCAAAAUGGGUAUUGCUGAGAUGUGUGGAUUUGGUGUCUUCAGUGGAUGGAACGCCUUCACUUCCUGUUUCUCUAUCCUGGGUAAGGGAUGGCAUCCUGGUAAUUGGAAUGGACUGUGAAAUGCAUGUGUAUGCACAAUGGAAACAUUCUACAAAAUCAUUAAAUGGUAAUGACAGUGGGGGCUUGUCAUGUUUUGAAGAUUUAGUUGAUAGCUCUCCAUUUGAGACGAAAAUCCUUUCAAAGCGACACAGUGUUGCCGACGCAACAGCUGGUGUGGAUGAUGUAUUUGGAAUCCCAGGAAUGGUUCAAGAUGGUGGAUUGUUUGAAGCUGCUCACAUUCUUUCUCCUACUCUUCCACAAUAUCACCCCACUCAACUGUUGGAACUUAUGGAUUUGGGCAAGGUGCGCAGAGCUACGGCAAUCCUUUCACACUUAGUAAAAUGUAUUGCUGGGGAAGUUGCAGUUUUUAGGGAUAAAGAUCCUGGAGAAGGCGGAGGGCCUCGACGCCAUCUUUCUCGAACCAUCAGUGUAAGUGGAAGUACAGGAAAGGACACAAUUAUAGCCGGAAGAGAAGGUACACGCGAUUAUACUGAGAUAGAUUCCAUUCCACCUCUGCCACUUUAUGCAUUGCUAUCUGCAGAUCAGGAUACAUCCUUCAAAAUUGUUGAAGAAACUCCUAAUGUAAACAAAGGUUCACGGUCUCAAAGUAAAAAUGAAAUGGACAAUCAGUAUGCUGAUUUGUUUCAGUCUCCAAGUGUGACUACAGAUGACUUUGUUGACUUUGUAAUCGAAAAGAAAGAAUCUAGAUCUAAAGUCAUAAAUUUAUCCCAGUAUGGACCAACAUACUUUGGGCCAGAACAUGCCCGUGUGCUUUCCAGUCACCUGAUGCACUCAAGCUUGCCGGGACUGACACGACUAGAGCAGAUGUUCCUUGUAGCUUUAGCUGACACAGUGGCUACCACAAGCACAGAAGUUAAUGAAAAUAGAGACAAGACCUACUCUGGAGGUGAAACACUGGAUGAAUGUGGUCUACGUUAUUUGCUUGCCAUGCGCUUACAUACGUGUCUUCUGACAUCUCUGCCGCCAGUCUACAGGCUUCAACUCUUGCAUCAAGGCUUAUCCACGUGCCACUUUGCCUGGGCCUUUCAUUCUGAAGCUGAAGAGGAAUUGCUUAAUAUGAUUCCUGCCAUGCAGAAAGGAGAUCCUCAGUGGUCUGAGCUGAAAGCUAUGGGAGUAGGCUGGUGGGUUCGAAACAUCAAUACACUCCGCAAGACUAUUGAGAAGGUUGCUAAAGCUGCUUUCCAAAGAAAUAAUGCUGCAAUGGAUGCUGCAUUAUUUUAUCUUGCUAUAAAGAAAAAGGCUGUACUUUGGGGCUUAUUCAGAUCUCAGCACGAUCAAAAGAUGACCGAGUUUUUCAAACACAAUUUUAGUGAAGACAGAUGGCGGAAAGCAGCUUUGAAAAAUGCAUUUGCUUUGCUGGGUAAACAGCGAUUUGAACAGUCUGCAGCAUUUUUCCUUUUGGCUGGUUCUUUAAAGGAUGCUAUUGAGGUGUGUCUCGAAAAAAUGGAUGACAUUCAAUUGGCCAUGGUUAUUGCAAGAUUGUAUGAAGCUGACUAUGAAACAUCCUCUACCUGUAAAUUCAUUCUCUAUGAAAAAGUUCUGGGCUGUAAAGCAGACGGAUCUGAAUUUGUGCCAAGCCAAUUACAUCCAGAUCCAUUUUUGCGAAGUAUUGCAUAUUGGACUCUGAAAGAUUACUCUAAGGCAUUGGAUACACUUCUGGAACAACCUAUAAAGGGUAGUGACAAGCAUCCAGGAGUCCUCAUAAAAUCUUGCAAUCCUGUAGUAUUCAGCUUUUACAAUUAUCUUCGCGCUCACCCUUUGUUGAUGCGGAGACAUUUUGCUUCACCUGAAGGAUCUUUGGCUACUUUAGGACUUGUAACAGACAAAGGCAGUGAAGAUGAAAUCAACCUUAUUGAGAGGAAAUUAUUUUUUUCCACAGCAAAUGCCCACUUUAAAGUUGGCUGCCCUGUCUUAGCUCUUGAGGUACUGUCUAAGAUACCAAAGAUCUUGAAAAAAUCAAAAAUAUACUUCAAAAGUGAAAACGGCACAUUGAGUACCCAGAGGCAAAAUGGUGUUGAUAAUCGUGAUGGAAUCACUGGACCUACUGAGUGGUCGCAGACUGUAGCAGAUUCUUCUGGUCUGGAUGGGGGAACCAGUAAUACUGCUGGCUUUGAUUGGAGUCAGCCAAUAAUGUCAUUUGCUGAAGAACCACUAAAACUUGAAUGGGAUGAUGAGAAAGAUGAUGAAUUUGAAGAGGAGGAUGCUGGUGGGCUGAAUAUGAAAGAUGCAGAAAUAAAGCACAAGGCUGACGAUAAGAAAAAAUGUAUUCCUGAAGAGUCUCGGUCUCAUCCAAAAGAAGAUUCCACUUCCUCUGACUCAUGGGUUGAUGUAAUUGCAGAACAGUUAAAAUUCAGAGCAUGCUUGAAAAUCCUAAUGACUGAACUUAGGACAUUGGCUACGGGAUAUGAAGUAGAUGGAGGGAAGCUCCGAUUUCAACUGUACAACUGGUUAGAAAAAGAGAUUUGUGCAAUGCAUCAAAUCUGCAAUUAUAAAACUGAAACUAAAGACUCUGUCAUUGACAUUGAUACAAAGACCAGUAGCUCACUUGACCAGGAGGAUAUAACUGAAAACACAGAAGGCGCUUCAUAUGAAAGGCAUCAGAUCGAUCGGCGGAGGCUACAAGCAAAGCAAGAACACGCAGAAAGACGGAAAUGGUGGCUGCGGAAAAAUCAGGCCCUGCUUCGAGUUUUUCUAAGCUAUUGCAGUUUGCAUGGAGCUCAAGGUGGUGGCUUAGCUUCAGUCAGAAUGGAACUUAUCUUUCUAUUACAAGAAUCACAGCAGGAAACUACCAUGAAACAGCUUCAGUCUCCACUUCCUUUACCAACCACUUUGCCCCUUCUCUCUGCAAGCAUUGCUUCAACCAAAACUGUGAUAGCCAACCCUGUCAUGCAUUUGAGUAACCAUAUCCAUGAUAUUCUGUACACUGUGGUCCAGAUGAGUUUUCCACCUCUUCCAAGUCUUAAGGAUGAAAAGGUUUUCAUUCUGCAUACUUUGGCUGCUUCACUCUCAGCUUGUAUUUACCAGUCUUUGUGUGACAGUCACAGCUACAGUCAAACGGCUACAAACCUGUUUACCGGAAUGGUUUAUCAGGGACUUCUGUUAGGUGAAAGACGUAGAUUGCGGACUGAAAGCAUUGAAGAACAUGUAACUCCUAACUCUUCACCUUCACACUGGCCUGGUGUUUCAUCACUCAUUAAUCUUCUUGGAACAGCUCAGGAAGAUGAUCAACCCAAAUUGAAUGUGUUGCUUUGUGAGGCAGUGAUUGGUGUCUACCUAAGCCUUUUGAUCCAUGGUCUUGCUACUCAAGAUAGCAAAGAACUCUUUCGAUUAGUUGCUCAUCCACUAAAUAAUCGAACUUGGGCUGCAGUAUUUGGGGGAGGUGCAAAAACGAUAAUAAAACCCAAAAAACGGCCAGAACUUACACCAGGUGAACCAUAUAUUUCAGCUGUACCAAAUUUGGAACAACAUACUGACUUGAAGACAGGACCAGUAGCUGUGCCUGUCUCUUCCAGCUGUGAGACUGGUACACAGCACACCACAGGACUGGAUGUUCCUCCAGAGGACAUUGACCGAUAUCGACGGAGAUUUAAUAUGAAGAUGUUGGUUCCUGGUAGGCCUGUAAAGGAAACUUCAACCCCACCGCCAGUACCAGCAGAGAGACCAUCAUACAAAGAAAAGUUUAUUCCACCUGAGCUCAGUAUGUGGGAUUAUUUUGUUGCCAAACCAUUCUUGCCUCCAUCUGAGAGUGGGUUUAUGUAUGACUCAGAUGAAAGUAUCCCGAGUGAUGAUGAUGAAGAAGAAGAUGAAGAUGAUGCUUUUAUUUCUGACACUCAGCUACAAGAGCAUUCAGAUCCUAACUCUUACAGCUGGGCACUGAUACGUUUAGGAAUGGUUAAGCUUGCAUUGAACAAUGUGAGGAACUUCUUUCCUGUUGCAGGAUUGGAAUUUGCAGAUCUUCCAGUAACUUCACCAUUGGGCAAUGCUGUCAUUAAGACUUUAGAAAACUGGGAACAAUUGCUACAGGCAAAAAUGGAACAAUUUGAAGGCCCACCUCCAAGUUAUAUUAACACCUACCCAAGUGAUUUCUCGGCAGCUGCUGGACCAGCCAUUUUGCGACACAAAGCAAUGCUUGAACCAGAAAAUACUCCAUUUAAGUCACGACAUUACUCAACGUUUCCUGUUAAAAGGCUAUGGCAUUUCUUGGUUAAACAAGAAAUUCUACAAGACACAUUCAUCAGAUUUAUAUUCACAAAGAAACGAAAGCAAAGUGAGUCAGUAGAAGACCAUGUGGAUCAAGUCAAACAAAACUGCGUAGCGGAACAUCGUGGAAGCAACAAGGUUGAAACAGAGCUGGGCUAUCCUGGUAGAAAAGCAAAGAUUAUUCACAAAGAUUCAGAUGCCAUAAUGGCAUUUGCAAUUAAUAAGGCAAAUUCCAACGAGAUGGUGUUGGCUUCAACUCAUGAUGUCCAAGAACUUGACGUAUCUGCAAUUCUGGCUGACCAGCCCUAUACCUGGAUUGGUGAAGAUUCAGACAGGGAAUCUAGAAGUUCUGAUGAUCUUGAGCACCGCUCAACAGUGAGUACUAGCCAAACAAGUACAACUCAUUUUGGAUCCAGCCAGCUUUCUGCUUCUUCGUCAAUGCCUUGGUUAGGAAGUGGGCAAACCAGUACAGGAGCCACUGUGCUCAUAAAGAGGAACUUAAACAAUGUGAAAAGGAUGACUUCACAUCCAGCUCACCGAUAUUACCUUACAGGUGCACAAGAUGGAAGUGUUCGAAUGUUUGAAUGGAAUCGGCCACAGCAGGUUAUAUGUUUCCGCCAAGCUGGCAAUGCCAGGGUUACUCGACUACAUUUCAAUUCCCAAGGAAAUAAGUUGGGGGUGGCAGAUGGAGAAGGUUUUUUGAGCCUCUGGCAAGUCAACCAAACUGGAUCUAAUCCUAAGCCUUAUCUUAGCUGGCAGUGUCAUAGUAAAGCUGCUGGUGACUUUGCAUUCGUUACCUCCUCAAGUCUCAUAACGACAGCGGGACAGUCUAAUGACAACAGAAACGUUUGUUUAUGGGAUACAUUAAUUUCACCGCAGAGCAGUCUUGUGCAUGGUUUUGUCUGCCAUGACAAUGGAGCCACAGUGCUUCAAUAUGCACCAAAGCAGCAAAUUCUGAUCUCUGGAGGCAGAAAAGGCUUUGUCUGCAUUUUUGACAUCCGGCAGAGGCAGUUACUACACACAUUUCAGGCUCAUGAUUCUGCAAUUAAAGCCCUUGCUUUGGACUCCACAGAAGAUUAUUUCAUUACAGGUUCAGCCGAAGGCAAUAUGAAGGUGUGGAAGUUAACAGGUCAUGGAUUAAUUCAUUCAUUUACAAAUGAACAUGCCAAACAGUCAAUCUUUCGAAACAUUGGUGCAGGGGUUGUGCAGCUGGAAAUCAGGCCAGGCAAUCGUAUCUUUUCCUGUGGAGCAGAUGGAACUUUGAAGACACGGGUUUUGCCAGACUAUUUUAAUAUCCCUGCUGGAAUAUUUGACAUUUUGUAGGUUAGCUAGGCUGGCUUGUUUUGGUUUCUGGCUAUUAAUAAAAAAACAUGGGCAUCUCACAUAUGCUGUGGGAGUGCGUAAGCUGCUCGUGAGUUGUGUUUGAAUGUGGAGGGACCCAAGGCUCAGUUUUUGCAGAAGUUUUUUAUUAGUGGAUCAGAGCAGAUUUUAAAUGCAUAUAAAGCAAAAGAAAGUAAUUUGAAGAAUUAUAGAGUGGAGUUGUGGCAUAAAGCCUUGAAGAAAUUCGUAUCAUAAACCCAGAGGACAGACAUGCAUGUACUGUAUCAUUCUUUUAAAAACAAUGCAGUUGCAGGUUGUUGGUAAUGCUUUGUGAACACAACGCAAAAUUUUUUGGUGUACUGUAAGUGUAUGGACAUUAAAAAUGUGCCCAUGGUUAAAAUCCAUGAGCACUGUAUUGGGAAAUCUUGUAUGUAAUGAUGGCGUGAGUUGAUUUAUAAAAAUUUGAAUUCAUUAUUUUACUUCUUUCUUCAGAGGGAGUUUUUAGUGACACUGAAGGAGAUGGAGAUGGUUCUUAACUGAAAGCUAAAAUGCAAAAAGUGCAAAUAAUGGGAUGCAGAGUCAUUAAGCUGUACAGAUUAAUUAUGUCAGUUUAUAGGUACUUUUGAAAUUUUAAUUUAAUCACUCAACCAGUUAAAGCGAUUGAAAUGACUAUUUUAUGUCUUUUUGCACACUGUUAUUACACCUUCUGAGACUGUUGUAUUACUACAAUCUGCCUUUAAAUUAAGUGCGGCACAGUGUAAUAAUGUCAUCAUUUAUCUAUACUUGGAAGUAAAGGAACCAGAUGAGGUUUUUUCUUGUUUCUUUUGCUCAUUUUGCAUUUAAUAUUAUUUUUGCUUAUCCAUUGAAUCCGAGCAUUGCGCUCUAAUUUAAAGGAAGCUAUGAAGUCUUGGUAUUUUAAAAAAAAAUCUAUAUUGAUGUGAAAAAAAGGUUGCAUUUCCUUGGAUGAAUGUCAGGCUUAACUGGCCCAACAUUUUAUGUAAUAUUAUGACCAAUUAAGUUAUUUUGAUCUGUGAAUUAACAUAACUUGUAAUCAUUGCUGUGUAUUGUCUGUUAUUUUGCCUGUAAUAUGCUAUUUAAUUUGUUGUAUUUUUAUGUUUUCAGUAUGUAUAUGUUGCUAAAAAAAAUGCUAAGAAAAAUUCGAGGACCUUCAGUCAGUAUUUUGACAUGUUGUCUGUGAAGUUGUCUUCUGCUUAUAUUUUGUGUCCUUGUCUGUAACAAAUUCAUUGCAUUUCUUUGUGGACUGAGCAAGAUGUGGACUCUUCAUCCUGCGCUUGAAAAUGUAUUUCAAACAAUAGUUGUGCUUACCUUUGUAAGUCAAAUAAAUUAUUUUUAAUGUGA